AAUCGACACAACUUGCAUCGUUGGCGAGGUGCAAACGACAUGAGCGACGUCGCCAAGCCGAGCGUGCCGGUGACGAUCCUAACAGGGUUCCUGGGCGCUGGCAAGACAACCCUUCUCAACUAUAUCCUGACCCAGAACCAUGGCAAGCGCAUCGCAGUGAUCGAGAACGAAUUUGGUGAAGAGAUUGGGGUGGAAAGUCUUAUAGCACGUGAUGGCGCAGAAGGAGAAGCGUUUGCGGAUUUCUACGAGUUAAGCAACGGGUGUAUUUGCUGCUCCGUGAGAGACGAUUUGGUGUCGACGCUCGAAGAACUCUUGACUCGGCGCGAUCGCUUCGACUACGUCUUGGUCGAAACAACAGGCAUGGCGGACCCUGGGAAGCUUGCAUCCAUGUUUUGGGUCGACAACGAACUCGAAGGCCGCAUCACUUUAGACGGCAUCGUGACGCUCGUGGACGCGAAAAACAUUGCGUGGCACUUGGAGCAAAAAACGAACGAAGUGAUGUCCCAGAUCGCAUAUGCCGAUCGCAUCCUCAUCAACAAAGCCGACCAAAUGCCGCAGGACGAGGACCGACGCCGCCUCGAGCAGCAGCUUGGGGUUACGAAUGCCCUCGCUCCGUGCUACUGGACAGAGCGGUCGCAUGUGGAUUUGGAUGCGAUUCUGAAUAUCCAGGCCUUUUCGGGGGAUCGUGCAAUGGCCGUUCUGAACGAGCAGAGCGUCGAGAAGGCUUUUCCACACACAAACAGCGUGUCGAGCACGUGCAUCCGCCGAGAACUUCCCCUGACGGUUCGGGCUCUAGAGCAUUGGAUCGGAACGCUGCUUUGGGAGCCCGAGACCGACGGCACGCGCAUCUUUCGCAUCAAGGGAAUCGUGUCCGUCGCGGGCGAUGCCUGCAAGUACAUUUUACAAGGAGUCCAAGACCUUUUUGACGUGACUGCGAGUGAAGCAUGGGCACCAGAUGAACCACGUACCACCAAACUCGUCUUCAUCGGGAUGGGAUUGAACCCGCAAGCGUUGCAGCAAGGGUUGGAUGCGUGCGCCGCAGAAUAACGCUGUAAAUGGUACAUCCUGAGCGUGAAAGUGA